GAUAAAAACAUAGAGAGGCAGAGGAAGGCAGGAAGGAAGGGAGGAAGGGAGCGAGCGUCGACAUUAAACUCUGCAGAAGAGCUAACAGGACAGCAGCGUCUGAAACUUUAAACGUGUCUGCUUUUCUUUCUGAUUUUUAGUGUUUAUUCUGUUGGACGCCGCAUCUGCCUGCGCUUUUUAGCGCUGCCAGCUGACUUUGACGCAAUAUGUCUUCAGAGAAAAGCUUCAAACAAAGAAGGACGUUCGAGCAACGAGUAGAAGACGUCAGACUGAUCCAGGAGCAGCACCCCAACAAGAUUCCUGUGAUCAUUGAGCGAUAUAAAGGAGAAAAACAGCUGCCCAUCCUGGAUAAAACCAAGUUCCUGGUGCCAGACCAUGUCAACAUGAGUGAACUCAUCAAGAUCAUCAGGAGGCGCCUCCAGCUCAACUCUAACCAGGCGUUCUUCCUGCUGGUCAACGGCCACAGCAUGGUGUCCGUGUCGGCGGCCAUCUCCGAAGUGUAUGAGCGUGAGAAGGACCAGGACGGCUUCCUGUAUAUGGUGUACGCCUCCCAGGAGACGUUUGGUCACCACAGCUCGGGCCCCUUGGAUCUGUCGGUGUCCCUACUUUCAGUUUUGUAGCUCCACAUUCCUCGGCUGUAUUUAUGUUCAUGUAUAUUAAAUACGUUUCAGGUAGUGAGGUCACAUCAAGGUGGCUAAUGCUCCACCACUUCCCUAUGGAUCCAUUUAUAUAAAUAUUUACAUGAAGCAGUUAUUAAUCCCAACUUUAGGCUUGGAGAUUAAAUAGGAUGGGAAGACUGGGUUCUCAUGUUGUUUUUAUGCAGGUUUUUAUUGAAAGUUUUGGGAUUUUUUGUUUUGAAACUCAGAAACUAAAUGGAGUAGAUCUUUGAUGUCUGCUGCUUCCACAUUCCCAUCAUGGUCCUGUUUGGAUGUUUUUAUUCCUGGACCUUCCUGCCUGAAGCAUCUUCACUGUAACUGAGAUGAUUGGAAACUGCUUUGCUCUUAGAACAGAUGAUUGUAGUUUGCAUUAAGUUCACGGAAAUGUAAAAAAAAAAAAAAAGCGUUCCGAGGAGUGUCACCAAGUUGAGUUUUGGACUUACUACAAGAAGCUGAUUGCAUGUGUGAAUGGAGGAUGAAAGGGGUGUUGUGUCCUCGUCUUCCUUGUUUCAUCCCUUCGGAGAAUUUCCCAGCAAAUGUUCAGCUCAGAGCGCUGUGGGAAUCAAACACCUCCUCAGUGGGUUUAUUUGAAAGAGCUGAACUCUUGAGUAUCCUGCCCGCUGUCGUGAUCCUCCUCUUCAUCUUCAUAACACAUUGAGGGUUAGCUGCUUUAUAUUCAAGUGUUAUUAUUGUUUUGGUUUGUUUUAUUUAAUGUGAUUUUAUUUCAUAGUUCGGACUUUCUGCAGUUUGUAAAGGUGAGCUGUUUGUUACAGAGGGUUGGAGCGUUCGUUAAAACGCUGGAUGUCCUGCCUGCUUCUGUUUCUCACACACACAUCCUGCAAUAUCUUACAGCAUCCUUUAUGUAUUUAUGUUGGGUUUUUUGUAAGCAAUAAAAAGAGAAAAGGUU